UCUCUGUCUCUCUCCUUUUCUAUCUCGCUUUCUCUCCCCACCCUGCCUAAUUUCAGCUGAAUUUAGGAUGCCUUUGACCCAGCACUGGAUAUGCAUAUGUGAAAGAGGGUGAGACAGCGAGAGAGGGUCAGGGACAGACAGGAAGAGUGACUCAGUGUGUGUGUGUGUGUGUGUGUGUGUGAGAGAGAGAGAGAGAGAGAGAGAGAGAAACAGAGAGAGUGCGCAAGGCUGAGGACACAGAUCAAUGCAUCUUUGUGCUUGCUGCCUCAGCAAGUGAAGGUGAGAGCAAAUCAAAACAAAUGAAAAGCAGACGCCUCUGGAGAGAAGCAAACAGCCUCCAAUCAGCCUCUGAGGGAGGAUGAUUACUGUCUGCGGAGAGCUAAAGGAGUGACUGUCAAGGCAGGUGCUGUUUGAACACAAGCUUAUGUGCGGAUUUGAGUCAUCUUAGAGUAUCUUUACUGCACCCACUUACUGGACAACAAGACCUCUUGUGGAUACUGAAACCUACAGAAAAAUACCUGCAACAUGCCAGGAAGCUCUAAGGUUUGGGUCUCAGGAUGUAACUGAAGACUGACUUCAGGCUGUUGUCAUGUGUGGUGCCACAGCCUGGUGCCACCCAGAGGGGUCAGCUUGACAUCCACAACAGAACAUCAAGAAAGAGAGAUGCUAGGGGGAAUGAACAACAAGAUGAUCUGAAAUGUUUGCACAUUCAAGGCUGUGGGCUGAGGGAAUGUGUGUGUGUGUUCGCUGGAAAUGUGAUGGCGAAACAGUGCACCAUAGUGGUCAAAUACAUUGAUUUCUACUCAAGUCUGCCUGAACCAGUUAUACUUGAGAUGGGUAGACGGGCAGCUGAUCACACCACUCCGGUGCCAGUUCUCGGAGAGCCCGCCCUCGUGGGGACACGUGUCUGGAGGACCGUGGCAAAUGGGACCAGUAGUAUGGCGGCCCUCACACUGACUCAUCACUGUAACGUCGGUGUUCAGACAUCACCUGCAAUGAGAAACAACCAACUGCAGCUGGACGGCAAACAUAGGGACGCUUGCAGCAAUCAAUCAGAAAAAACAGUGAUCAUGCCACCUAAUGGCCACAUCCCAAACGAGGCUGGUAAAAAGGAAGAUAACGGGAAAGAAAAAACAAGAAGUAUCAUUAUUAAACGAAGAAGUCUGGAGACUAAAAUGAAAAAGGGUGUGACCUUUGAGGGGCUGGAGAGGGAUAUUUGUAAAAGCAUCAGGGAAGAAGUGCAGUGCCAUAACCGUCCAAUCAGAACCAGUCCUCCGUUAAGAGGUGUGUCAAACAGCAGGCUAAAACCGCGACGUAAUUGUCACUUCACAAAUGGGAGUGUGGUUGACUCUGAGGUAAUGGGUGGGAUCAGCAGCGACAUCAGUGAAGGGGAGGAGUCUUCGACUGGACAGAAAAAAACUUUACCUCUGCGUUCACCUCCUCACAGACCUCCUAUGACCAUCUGCAGUAAUUGUGGAGGAAGGCAGAAUCCAGCACCUCCUGGACUCCACAACCAAUCCAGGACAAUUACGCCGCCAACUUCUGCAGGUUCUCUAGGACUCCAGUCGAGACAUUCAUCUCCUCUUUACCCUGGGAGGGACGUGCAGAAAUACACGCAGAUAGAAAGGCACACCGACCGCAGCGUUACACAGUCAGAGCAGCACCCCGUGAGCCCUAACCUUCAUUCUUAUCUCAACAUGAAUAUAAACAAGGAAUGGCCAUUAUCUCUGCUGCCUGCUCAGCAGAGUGAGGCAUCAAACCUCACUAAUCAUCACGCAGUCAAGAGGGAAUCUACUGCUGACACACACAUUAAUCAUACCAGUCGCUCAUCGGCUCUAAAUACACAUACGCUCACUGUUACCGUGAAAGAGGAUAGAGCUUCAACAAAGGUCGUAAACACAGUCUUGAAUGCUCACAAACCUCACAACUCUUGUCCCCGCAGACCUGUGUCUGUUAACCCUCCCCAAACACACAAAAACAGCCCAACAGAGAAGCUAGCAGCCACACAGGUGACAAGUACCAGAAUACCAUAUGCGAACACCCACUUUAGAUCAUCUCAUCAGCCAAACCCUGAUGAGAAACAACCAAAUCAAGAAAACCAAGCUGCACCCACACACUCAGAGCCUACCCAGCCACAAAAUAAACCACACAUCAAACCUUUGCAAACUACUUUGAAACAACAGAUAUCCCCCCAAACUAGCACACCACAGAACUCCAAACCUCAAAACGGCGAUUGCUCACGAUUAAGUCAGACAAGUACGCUUUCUAAAUCUCCUACCUGUUUUCAUUUACAUUCAAAUGUUAAACACCAAACUAUAGUGCAGAGUUGUGUGAAUGAAGGUGUCAUAUCCUCCACUGCUUCAAACAUUCACAGACAGGUUCAAUUCCCUAAUGGAUUAGAGUCCAAGUUUGACACGCACACUAAACCAUCAAUGUGCUCACACACGAAUUUCGGCAUUAAACCUCAAAGCGGGACGCAAAUCUACGCUGACACAGAGUCAGAAUCCUCAACCUCGGAUUCACGUUUGCAUUUUGCUCUGGUAACACACACACAUAAACUCUCAGGGCCUCACAGUGAAUCACGCCACGCAUCAACACACACCGGCACUCUUUCGCCCGCCGACACACACAAGCAAGCUUCCCACACAUCCACGCAGCGAACAAACACCAGUGGAACAUCACUGCAGGGUAUAUCCACACAUAAAGACGCACUGUCACAUCCUUAUCGGGAGUCAAAAAGCCAAAAUGACACUCGCUUAUUUUCACAUGCCCCAGAUAUGUCAACCCAUCACAAAGCAACACUUACAACGCAAAUAAUCAACCAUCAGAACCUCUCAAAGGCAUUUACCACCACUCAGACUGAGGUGGAGGUGCAAUCAUACACCAAAGAACGUUCUCAAACUAGCCCCGGGGUCAAAACAGCCUCGCGCGCUUUGUGCGUUCAUUCGAAAACGCCACGUAGACAGACAGAGCCUACGGUUCUCAGACGCUCUGUCCUGAAUCAGCUUAAUAAUGACACUCUUGAGUCCUCAUUACUAGCCAUCGCUUCCGCUAGGGCUUUUCCUCAAGCUAAAACACUCAAUGGGAAUGAGUUUAAGUCUUGGAGUGACACAGAGUCAAAGAAACAAACUCAAAUUAAGUCAGCAGAACCAGAACGUCAAAUGAUCAAUGGCUCACAACACUCGCUUCAGCCACCAAACAAACCACCUCCCUCUGUGAACCCUGCUUGUCGACCUCCCAAACCUUCUUCUGCACCUCCGAAAGCACCAACUUUUAAAUUCAUACAGAGGGGCAGUGAAAACAGAGGCCUGAAUGUGGCCUCUAACCAAAAUCCACCUCUGGCACCUUCAGGCAGUUUGCCUAACCAGUACUCACCGAAUGACGGGAAUCUCCAGAACUCAAAAACACAGAUGGAAUCUCAUUCUGAAGCAAUUGGGUCUGUCCCAAAUGAACACUGUUCCCUAGCGCACGACCAUCCGGGUUCUGUGGUCCGGUUGCUGCCAGCAUCGCCUCACUGUGGCAGUCCACGGGACCCUAAGCAUAGAUUAGAGACAGUAGAGGCGAGUCUGCAUUCCAACAAGGAAAGAAUCACAACUCUUCUCAACUGUAUCCAGGACCUGGAGAUGAGCCACGCACUCAGCAAAGGUCGCCGAUGUUUUCGGACUGGCCAAGACCUUAGUGACUGUUCCACCUGUCAGAAGACUGCAUGUGCUGUCUACAGUGUGGAGUAUGACUUCCGGCAACAGGAGAGAAGAUUCAAGGAGCUCUUCCAGAGUCUUUGUCCACCAUCCCCAGAGAGGAGAGAAGGAUAUGAAGAAUCUCUUUCUUUACUCGCCUUACUCAUUCAGAAUCACAAAUUACACCAGCUAAAUGCCAACAUUAUGACCCGUAGUCAAUCUGAGAGUCAAACCCAAAGUCAGCCUCAGAUUAUUUCUCAGAUUCAGUGCCAGAUUCAGGCUCAUUCUCAAAUUCAAACUCAUUCUCAGUCACAGAUUCAGUCUCUGCCUCAGGCUCAGCCACAGAUCGUAUCUCGGAUUCAGCCUCACUCACAGAUUCAGAUUCCGCCUCCGAUUCAAUCUCAGAAUCAGAUUAUAUCUCAGAUUAAGUCUCAGACUGAGAUUAUGCCUCCACUUCUGCCUCCGAUUCAGAUUAUGCCUCAGAUUCAAUCUCAAGCUCACCCCGAGAAUCAGUGCCUGUUCAAGGCCAAAAUCAAGAGGAAGAAAUUAUGCAGGAAGCUGUUCGGCUGGCUGCCACACAAAGUCCAAAGGAAAUGACUACAUCAUGCCAAGUAUCUGAUUUUCAUGCAUGACUCUCAACCCUCUGGUAUGCGGAGUCACAACUCCUUUUGGUCGUAAUGCAAUCUGAAGUCUGACAUAUUUUGUGGAAUGGAGCAAUAUUACAUGGCAUUCUGUGACUGUGAACUACCAAGGAUUUUAAAUUAUGAAAAUAGUUUUCCUUGGUGAAUGCAAUUGUACAAGAUUUACUUUAAAAAUUCAUUCUAAAUUCCCUACAGUUACAAGGAACAUUAUGCUUGCCUUGACUAAAUAUGAAGGGUUUUGCACUUAAGAUGCUUUUUUGGGACAUGACAUGAUGAGGAUAUACUUCACUUCCUUUUUGAUCUUCCAAAUGGACAGCUAUCAUCUGUUAAAGCCAGAGGACUGUGAUGGGACUGACAUAUGGAGCUUCAAUGGCUGAAUUUUAGCUGAAUAAAUCACAGAUUCAAGGUUAUGCAA